AUGACACCUGCGGCAGCGAUCCUUGAAAGGGGCGGAGGAAUCGGAUUCGAUCAGUGCAGUGCCGGGUCCUACAGCUGGCCGGGGAUCCCGAUCGGCCUGCCGGGCGGGAAUUAUCUCGAGAUGUGCGUGCCAACCAAGUGCAGCUUCUCGACGACCGACAAGCUCCUCCGCUUUGCAGCUGGCGACCUGUGGAAUAACCAGGCGCGCAGCACUAUUCUCGGCACCUCAUGCAGGAACCCUGCUCCCGGCGAGGCCGGCAACGCCACGAAACGGGCCUAUUUGAUUGUCCGGAAUCCCUACGAGCGGCUGCUCUCCGCUUUCCUGGGCCAGGUGGCGGCUCCGUCAUCAGGUGGCUCGCACCGCGACCAAGACGCUCGGGCGCACCUCCACCUGCCUUUCGGCCCGAAUGGGAGUAGCCAUGCGAGGUACGGGGCGUUUCAGCCGACUCCGGAGAGUUUCGCCGAUUUUGUACUUCAGCUCACGGCCAAGCCGCCGGGUCUAGGCGGUAAGCUCCACGGCGGCGGCCAGCUCCAGGGUUUUGCAAGUGAUCAUCUGGAGCCGAUCACUUCCUCGCCGCGCCACUGCCUGCGUCCUGAGUACCGGUGGGGCCGGCCAUGGCAGGACUACUACACCGUGCUCAAGUUGGAGCAGCAGACAGAUUGGUAUGCGGAUUGGGUCAGGGACAACCGGCUCGCGCGCUGGACCCAAAGCCGCAGGUGGCCUGGAGGGUGCUUCUGGCGGGCUCCCAAUAAGUCGUGCGCGGAGACACUGUCUGUUCGCAGCGUCACGGUCAACGCCUCAGCAAGUUUACCAAAGCGCCGUUGCCAGGCGGCCAGCGGGCACAACACCGGCACCUGCCUGACGCUCCGCAAGUUUUACACAGACGCGCUCGCGGCACUUGUCACCGCCUACGCCGCGGAGGAUUUGAAGGCCUUCAGCUACCCUGCGUGGCUUCCCAGCUGGGGCCCUGCCCCGGAGGCGGGACCUCCAGUGUCGGAGCGGGGCACCUACGGACAGACACGCGCGGCCUCUUGGUCUUGCUCGUGCCGAGGGUCGAAAUAUUCAUAG